AUGCUGAAGCUGUGCCUGCUUGUGCUGCUUAUUCUCGCGCUGGCUGAGGCUCAGUGGGGAUACGGCCGUGGGUACGGACGCGGAUACGGUGGAUACGGUGGUAGACACGGAUACGGUGGAUACGGAGGAUACCCUGGAGGUUACGGUGGAUAUCCCGGAGGAUACGGUGGAUACGGAGGAUACGGAGGCUACUCCCCUUACGGCGGAUACGGAUGGGGAAAA